AACUGUUGUUGUUGAUAACAAGCCAUGUGGUCACUCAUAAUCAUAAUUAGAUGUGCUUUACUUAGUUUAGAUUGCAAGUUUUGUGGAUUUUCUUCUAAUUCUGCGCCUUUUUUACACUCUAAUUUCUGAGCAAUUUGAGUCUGGCAAGGAAUUUGAAGUCUGUGGAUGGUGAUUCCGCGUCGCAAUGGCCGGAGACACCGAUAAUAUCUGCCUCAACAUCGGAGCACGCACACUAGAUCCAGAGGUCUCAAAAUAUUUUCAAAGGCCCUCCGAAUCCAAAGGGACAGGUGCUUCCAAGACAACCAGAGUUAGUGCGAAGAGUGAUAUCAAACGCAAAGUCAACCCUGCUGUGAAGAAAGUUAACUCAGUCUUAAUUCAAAGGAGUUCAAAUGUGAAACCUAAGUUCGGGAAACCAGCAGAUGAGUCUCACAAAGAGAAGCAUCUCCUCUCUGCUGGAUCUAACAAGCCAAAGAAAGGAGAAACUAAUUCUGGAAAUGAAAUCGGGCAAGGUCCAAAGAAAGUUUCUACUAACACUUAUGGGCCUACUUCAUCCCUCUUCCGAAAAAAUCCAGAAGUCCCUCAGGUGGAGAACAAAUCCAUCAAACCAAAAAAUGAAGCUGUAUUUUCCUCAAAGUUUUUCAAGGAUGUUGCUGAAUUGCACCCUCAUACGGUGAAAAAUCUGGCAGAUGUGCUCCAUGUUACACAGAUGACGCAAGUGCAAGAGUUAACUCUAUUUCCGCUGCUGGAAGGAAAAGACUUGUUGGUUUGUUCUCAAACUGGGAGUGGUAAAACCUUGGCUUAUGCUUUACCGAUUGUUGAAAUGUUGCAGAAAAAAAGGCCUGAAAUUGUUAGGUCUGAUGGUGUCAAAGCAUUAGUAGUUUUACCAACACGAGAGCUUGCUCUUCAAACCUAUGAAUGCUUUGUUAAACUUGUGAAACCUUUUACCAGGUUAGUGCCUGGGCUUCUUGUCGGUGGUGAGAAACGAAAGUCAGAGAAGGCCAGGCUUAGGAAAGGUGUGAACAUCCUCGUAGGCACCCCUGGAAGACUGCUUGAUCAUGCCAUGCACACGUGCUGUCUGCAACUCUCCUCGGUUGAAUGGCUAAUUUUGGAUGAAGCCGACCGACUCCUUGAUCUGGGAUAUGAAAGAGAUGUUGCUAGUCUGGUUAGAACACUGGAUGAGCAGCAAAAAAACUCAAGACAAACAAUCCUACUCUCUGCAACCCUAACAUCAGCUGUUGAAAAGCUCGCAGGAUUAGCUCUCAAGAAUGCUGAACGAAUAGAUGUCUCAGACUCAAUCGAUCACGAGCUAGUCAUUCCUGACUUUUUGUGUCAAUGUUAUACAAUAACACCUCCUAAAUUAAGGCUCGCCGCUCUUGGUGCUUUCAUCAUUUGGAAAUGCUCUGUAGAAACAGCAGGCAAAAUGCUGGUAUUUAUGGCGACACAAGAUAUGGUAGAUUAUCACCACGAUCUUUUCAAUUCUGUAAUCAAUUCGGUAGUGAAGAAGAAAAUACUGUUUUCUAAACUUCACGGGAACAUGACUCAGCAAGAAAGGUUCAAAAUUUUCAAUGAUUUCCGACAAAGCUUAUCUGGUGUAUUAAUGUGCACGGAUGUUGCUGCCAGAGGAAUUGAUGUCCCCAAGGUUGAUUGGAUCAUUCAGUACACAGCACCUGUGUCCCCUGCGUACUACGUUCAUCGAGUGGGGCGAACAGCUAGGGCAGGAGAGGCAGGUUCAGCUCUCCUCUUUUUGGUUCCUUCAGAAGUCAGGUUCAUAGAACUUCUACAAGAACGUCAAAUACGACUUAUACAAGAGAAUGCAGAAAGUUACCUAGAAAAAUUACUUGCCCUCCGACAAGAUAAAAGACACCGACAGGAAAUUGGGUCCACCAUGGAGUCUGCUGCAACUUAUCUUCAAUUAGAAUUUGAAAAAGCCGUCCUAGAAAAUAAAGAGCUUCAUAAUUCAGCCAGUAAUGCUUACAUAUCAUGGAUUAGGUUCUAUUCAACCUACCCCAAGGAAGUCCGGUCGAUCUUCCCAUUCAAGGAGAUUCAUUUGGGUCACAUGGCCAAGAGUUUUGCUCUACGAGACCCGCCAUCAAAUAUCAGCCGACACGGGAAGGUCUUCGCCAAGAAAUCUCGGCCCUCGACCAAACAGAUAUCUUCGUCAAUAAAACCGGGGAAGAAAAGGAAAUUAACUCCCGCUGACAGACUUAGAAUUUUGACCAACGCGGAGUUCGAAAGUGGCUUACCCAGCAAGUCGGCAAAGUUCGAUUUCGCUGAUUGAAUCGAAGCCCCUCUUUUUUGUCUUCGUCUAUCAUAGCUUAUGGUUGUUUAAAGCAUGUCAAAAAAUGACUUGAAUUGCUAAGUAAUCCUAUAAUUUAACACCAAUAUGAAUGUCAACUGUGAAGUUUGAAACAGGUCCGUGUAAUGCCUUAAGUUUAGCCGUUUGGCUAUUAAUGGAAGGAUGACAGUUCUAUAAAAGUUAAACCCCACCUGAAUAGCUUUAUUGUUUUUCAACUGGGCAGGACCUUGUUAAGUAAAAUAUAUCUUCCUUAUAAUUACUCAGCGCGAUCCACCACGAUACAUUGAUGAAACCAGUCAUUUAAAAAUGACGUUGGGGUAUCUGAAGGUUGCGUUUUGCAUUGAUGACUCAUAGGCAGUUCUUUUUGUUUUCCUUUGUUUUUUUCGGAGGAAUUAGAAGAAUCUCGCCGAGCAACAAAAUCAUAACGUUCAAUCUAAGGGGUGAAAGUAAAGGAUUGCCCGUGAACUAAGUAUCAUACGAGGAGGUCGAUUGCAAUUGAUAGUAGUGUUACACUCUAUUGUAGAAGUGCUUAAAGUGCUUCACAAGAAGGUGUAGUGUAGAGUAGGUUGUCAGAACAAUCAACUCUUUUGCGCUGCGCAACUCGUAGACAGCCCCCAUCACGUUGCUUAUUUAUUAUCACGUUCAUGUCCACUGUCAUCUGGUCAUAAUUUUAUGGAACGGAUCAAAAUGACAAUUACUCCUAUUUGUAUUCAAAUGUCUGUGAUCUACGUUUUCAUUCCCGUUCAUUUUAUUUUAAAUUAUUUUUAAUAAAAAAGAACAAAAAAAUAAUUUCUGAAAA